AUGCAUUAUCACUUCAAUCUCAGCGACAUAUCCAAGAAAUUUCAGGGCCUUCUACGCAGUAACAAAGAUUAUACAAACACGAAGCCGCGGUUCCUGCGGCUUUGGAUCCAUGAAUGCUUCAGAGUGUUCUGUGACCGACUCACUGAGGAAAAGGACCGCGACUGGUUCAUGAACCUUGUGAGCGACAUGUUGGGCAAGCACUUUGAGCUGACGUUCCACGCGCUGUGUCCGUCCAAGAGUCCGCCCAUCUUCGGACACUUCUUGAACCCCUUCGAGGUGUAUGAUGAUCUUAACGAUCCGGUCGCGCUAAGGAAAUACAUAGCGAACCAGAUGGAGGAGUACAACAGCUGCCCGGGCGUGGUGAAGAUGGAGCUGGUGUUGUUCCGCGAGGCCAUCGAGCACGUGUGCCGCAUCGUGCGCGUCGUCUCGCAGCCGCGCGGCAACCUGCUCUGCGUCGGCAUCGGUGGUUCCGGACGGCAGAGUUUAACUCGUAUAGCUUCGUACAUAUCCGAGUGCAACACAUUCCAAGUGGUCGUCACAAAGACAUAUGGCGUGAAGGAUUUCCGUGAGGAUUUGAAGGUUCUGUACACGGCGUGCGGCGUGGAUUGUAAGAAGACGACGUUCAUAUUCUGCGACACGCAGAUCGUGGAGACCUUCACCGAGAUCAUCAACAACCUGCUCAGCAGUGGGGAGGUCACUAAUCUGUACAAGCCCGAUGAAUUUGAAGAUAUAAAAUCGAGUCUAGAGAAACCAAUGAAAGCGGCGAACUUGAUGCAAACGGCGGAGUCGGUGUAUCUGUUCCUCGUGGACCGCGUCAGAGCCAACAUGCACAUUGUGCUGUGCUUCAGCCCCAUUGGGGAUGAGUUCAGGAACAGAAUCCGUCAGUACCCAGCGUUGAUCAACGCGACGACCACCAACUGGUUCCUGGAGUGGCCGCGGGAGGCGCUACUCGAGGUGGCCUACAAGUUCCUGGACGGGGUCGAGCUGUUGGCUUCCAUCACUGGACCCAGGGUGAGACGCAAAGAAUCGCUGGUGGAGAGUCGCGAGGACACGCUGCGGGCGUCGGUGGCGUCCAUCAUGUCGCUCAUACACUCCUCCGUGGGCAAGUACUCCGUGAAGAUGUGGAACGAGAUGCGGCGCACCAACUACGUCACCCCCACCAACUACCUGGAGCUCGUGUCGGGGUACAAGGAAAUGUUGAAAAUGAAACGGCACGAGGUGGCGUUGCAAGCGAAUAAGUUGAGGAACGGCCUGGGGAAGGUGGAGGAGACCACCAAACUGGUGGGGCAGAUGUCUGAGGAGCUCGCGGUGGCGCAGGUACAAGUGGCGGAGUACACGGAGCAGUGCAUCGAGUACAUGGGCGUGAUCAACGUGCAGCAGCGCAACGCGGACGAGCAGCAGCGCAGCGUGGCGGCGCGCAGCAAGAAGACGCAGGAGGAGGAGGUGCAGUGCAAGAAGCUCGCCGACGCCGCGCUGCGCGACCUCGCCAGCGCCAUGCCCGCCCUCGACGAGGCCGUCAAGGCAUUAGACGCUCUGAACAAGAAGGACAUCACUGAAGUGAAGUCCUACGCGAAGUCUACACCGCAGAAGGUCGAGAUGGUGCUGGAAGCAGUACUUAUCUUAUUACAGAAAGAGCCGACAUGGGCGGAGGCGAAGCGUCAGCUCGGCGACCAGUACUUCCUGGACCGGCUCCGUGAGUUCGACAAGGACAACAUUUCGGACAAGACGCUAAAGAAGAUCGGCACGUACACCGCCAAGCCGGACUUCGACCCGGAGAUCGUGGGCACCGUCUCACUCGCCGCCAAGUCGCUGUGUUUGUGGGUCCGCGCCAUCGAGAAGUACGGCAAGGUCUACAAAAUAGUAAAGCCCAAAAAAGAACGUCUAGAAGAAGCCCUGGAAUCGCUCCGCAUGAAGCAGCAGAUCUUGGCGGAGGCACGCGCCAAGCUGAGGGAGUUGAGCGAGAUGAUAGCUCGUCUGCAGCGCGAGUACGACGAGAAGGUCGCGCAGAAGGACGAGCUCGAGCGCAAGUCCAAGCUGCUGCAGCUCAAGCUGGAGCGGGCGGAGGCGCUCAUCUCGGGACUGUCGGGUGAGAGGGAACGAUGGGAGCAGACGGUGGAGCGACUGGACAAGGAGUUCGACAACUUGCCCGGCGACUGCCUCAUCGCGACCGGCUUCGUCGCGUACCUCGGGCCCUUCGUUUCCGAGUACCGGGAGGCAUUGAUGGACGAUUGGUUUAAUGAGGUGUACAACGAAGCCGUGCCUGUGACCAUGGACCUAAGCAUGAAGAAUUUCUUGCUGGACGACGCUACCCUCAGGGAUUGGAACUAUAUGGGGUUACCUGAUGAUAACUUCAGUGCGGAGAACGGCAUUAUCGUGGUGCGAGCCACUCGCUGGCCGCUGGCCGUGGACCCUCAGGGUCAGGCGCUCAUCUGGAUCUCCAGGCUAGAGGAGCAAAACGACAUACAGCUUGUUGACUUCGGCCAACCUAACUACCUAAAAGUCAUGGAGACAUGCUUGACUGAAGGGAAGCCGAUCAUCGUCCAGAACGUGGGCGAGGUCCUGGAUCCGUCCAUAGCGCCUAUCCUGGACAAGGCUAUUGUGAAGAUAGGCAAUUCGAUGGUUAUCAAGUUCAACGAGAAGAUGGUCCCGUACAAUGAAGACUUUAAAAUGUAUUUGACUACUAAACUAGGUAAUCCUGUAUACACUCCGGAGACGUUAACCAAGACGACGAUGGUGAACUUCGCGGUGAAGGAGCAGGGCCUGACGUCACAGCUGCUCGGCAUCGUGGUCCGCAAGGAACGGCCCCAGCUCGAGCAGAUGAAGGACAACCUCGUCAUGACCAUCGCAAAUAACAAGAAAACGCUGAUGGACCUCGAGAACGACUUGCUGCGCAUAAUGUACGAGUCGCAGGUACCUUUGUUAGAAAACGAGGAGUUGUUCGUGACCCUGCAGACCUCUCAGCGGACCUCGCUGGAGGUCAAGGAUGCUCUCAUCACCUCGCAGGAGACCGAGCGGGAGAUCGACACUGCUAGACAGGGCUACGUACCAGUAGCAGUGCGUGCAUCGGUCUUGUUCUUCGCACUGAACGACCUGUCGCGCAUCGACCCGAUGUACCAGUUCCUGGACGCGUACAUCGACCUGUUCACGUACUCCAUUGACCGCAGCCCCAAGGGGGGCGAGCUGGAGGACCGCAUCAAUAACCUCAACGAAUUUCACACUUAUGCUGUGUACAAGAACACGUGCCGAGCCUUGUUCGAGCGACACAAGUUGUUGCUGUCGUUCCACAUGGUGUCGCGCAUCCUGUUCCAGAUGGGCAAGAUGAACAUCAACGAGUACCUGUUCCUGCUCAAGGGAGGCGUCGUGCUCGACAGGUCUGAACAGCCGGACAACCCCACUA